AUGAGAAGCAACAUUCACAUGACCUAUGGUCUACAAAUUGUUAUAAUUUCAAUAAUCAUCAUUGUGGAUGAGAUACAGACGCACCCUGUGGAGGGCGGCGUUUCGAAUGUUAAUGAAUUUUAUGGAAAUUUAAUUGAGACUAACCUCAAUAGUUCAGUGGAUCCAUGUGAAGAUUUCUAUGCCUAUGCUUGUGGCAAUUGGCAUAGAAGCUAUAAUGCGAGCAGUGAAUACAUUGACAUGCCGGGUUAUAUGGAUACGAAAGUCAAUCAACAAUUUCGCGGUCUUAUGGAGCAUCAGACGGAUGCGAAAUGGAAGAGUGGUGUGUAUGGCAAAGCCAAGGAUUUGUAUGAAUCAUGUGAACAGUUGGAUACUUUGGUUUUGAAUUCCUUUCUAAUGGGUUUGCAUGAGGAGCUGGAGAUGCAGUGGCCAAUCUUUGCCUUGGAGGAGGGUGAAUGGAAGAAUAUCUCACAAUUCGAUUGGCUGAGAGUCACAGCGGUGUUGCGAAGAUAUGGCUUGAAUAAUAUCUUCAUCACCCACAAUGUAAAUGUGAAUCCGCGCAACAGUUCGGAAUAUUAUCUGGAAUUGGCUCAGCACCAUGCCCACACCAUUUUGGAGGCCGAAGAUGUGGAGAAUAUUUUCUUGAAUUUUGGUCUCAGCCAUAAUGAAAGUCAUAGUCUGACCGAGGAGUUAUUGCAAUUUGAGAGGAUACUCAAUGAACUGGCCAAAUAUCAGGUUAUCAAUGAGACUGACAAAAAGAAUUAUGCGGAUAAUUUUCAUAUCUUAACACUUAAAGAACUGCAGGCUAGUGUGCCCCAAGUGGAUUGGUUAAAAUAUUUUCAAAUAGUACUCAACACCACGCAGGACUUGCAGCAGCUUAAAGUGCAAACAUUUGCUUGGGAUGCUAAAUUUUUUGCCAAUCUCAAGGAUCAUUUGGAUGGCUAUGGCAAUGAUACCAUAGCCUAUUAUCUGAUGUUGAAAUUUAUGUAUCAUGUUAAUGGCGAUUUGCCACAUAGGAAACAAAGAAACUGCAUUCGUUAUCUGAGAAGUUUUAUGCCUGUCUUCAUGAAUUUCCUAUAUGAGGAGCAUUACUUCAAGGAUAAACGUGUGGCUAUGGAAAAAAGUCUCAAUAAAAUGUUCAACAACCUAAAGAAAUCCUUUGAAUCCCUGGUGGAGGAGAAUCACUUGAAGUUGAAUAAAAAGGAGCAACAUUUUAUUCUCAAAGAAUUGCAUGGUAUGCAAUUGAAAGUGGGCAACUUGCCUCGCAAUUGUACUGAGCACUACGUGGAGGCAUUUUAUCAAACUCUUAGCAUAAAUCGCAGUGAUUUUGUACAAUCCCAUUUGAAUAUCUUAAGAUUUACCAAUCAGUUGCAUUACAAAAAUCUCAAGGCCAACAAUGCCAGUGUAGCUGAAAAGGUCUACAAUUUGGAUGCCACCACCCAGAGUUCCUCGUCGCCAGUGAAAAUAUUUGAAAAUGCCAUUCUUAUACCCCACGGCUAUCUACAAUUACCUCUGUAUGAUCUAAAACUUAGCCAUAUACAUCAGUAUUCCUUGUUGGGUGUUAUACUGGCCCAUGAAAUUAUCCAUGCCUAUGAUCUGUUUCACAUAGUCUAUGAUUAUAGAAGCAAUUAUGAUUAUCUGGGCUCUCAGGUGGGCCAUCACUACACUCCACAUAUGCAUUGUUUUGCCAAUAGUCCCACCGAAAUUAUUUCCGAAAAUAUUGCCGAUGUUUCUGGCUUACGCAUGGCUUAUCACUUCUAUAGAACUUUAGAGGAAGAUCUGGAAUUUCCUCUAUUCCACUUAACCAAAGACCAGUAUUUCUUUGUUAAUUCUGUGCAGUUUUUAUGUGGCGAUUUAAAACAAAUUUCUGAUUUAGCUUUGGAGACCACUGAUUUAGGUCAUGAUAUGCAUGAUCUUAGAAUGUCACUUAAACAUUUAAUUGUGUCAACGAGCGAGCACUUGCCGACAAUUGUCAGAUAA